CUUUCGGAAAAUGUCAGGCUUUUUUUUUUUUUUGUAUCUGAGUAGUUGCAGAGAUCUUUUGUACUGAUCCUGAUAAAUAAAAUGUUUUUCUUUAUCUCUUCGAGCAGCAACUUUGAAACCCAGAUGAUACCUUUAUAAUUAGGAAACCAAAUUUGUCUUUUGUUUCUCUUAUGUCUUCAUUGGUUCCUCCUUCAGCUCGCUUCCUGUUUGUUCUGAAUCGCUUUUGAAAUAGAAAAUAGAAGUGGUUUCAGAAGGAAGAUUGGUUCAAUGCGGUAUCUCAGAAAGGGUAGCUUGAAGAGGCUUUUCUCAGUUCGCAGACGCAGCUUCGAGGAAGAGAAUUUGAAUGAAAAUGAGAAUACUGAGCAGGACAGCAAGGAAGCAAUGGUAGGUCUGCCAGAACCGGAGCCAUCUCCGAAACCCACAUGGAGAUGCUUUUCUUAUGAUGAAAUCGUUGAAUCUACUAAUGGUUUUAAUUCAGAUAAUAUGGUCGGGAAAGGUGGAUAUGCAGAGGUUUAUAAGGGAGUUCUGAAAGAUGGACGGGUAAUUGCUGUGAAAAGGCUAAGCAGAGCUUCAACAGAUGAGAGGAAGGAGAAGGAAUUCUUAACAGAGCUUGGAACAAUUGGCCACGUUCACCAUCCAAAUGUGUCGGCUCUGUUGGGUUGCUGUAUCGACAAUGGCCUUCAUCUCAUCUUCGAGUUCUCCUCCCACGGUUCUGUUGCAUCUCUUCUGCACGAAGAGAAUUCGGCACCUAUCGCCUGGAAAAUAAGGUAUAAGAUCGCUAUCGGAACAGCUCGGGGCCUCCAUUACUUGCAUAAAGGCUGUCCAAGAAGGAUAAUUCACAGGGACAUCAAGGCUUCUAAUAUUCUCUUGACAGUAGAUUUCGAACCUCAGAUUUCUGAUUUCGGACUGGCGAAAUGGCUUCCAUCUCAAUGGACUCAUCACUCCAUUGUUCCAAUAGAAGGAACAUUUGGGUACUUAGCACCUGAAUACUUCAUGCAUGGGAUUGUAGAUGAGAAGACUGAUGUUUUCGCCUUUGGAGUCUUCCUCCUUGAGAUCAUCUCUGGCAGGAAGCCAGUUGAUGGAUCUCAUCAAAGCUUGCUUAAUUGGGCAAGGCCUCUCUUGAAAGAAGGGGACAUAGAAAGGUUAGUAGAUCAGAGGCUCAGAGGUGAGUAUGAUGUUACACAGCUGAAGAGACUCACCUUCACAGCAUCUCUAUGCAUUAGAGCAUCGGCCACAUGGCGUCCAACGAUGAGUGAGGUAUUAGAGGUAAUGGAGGAGGGCGAGAUGGAUAAAGAAUGCUGGAAAAUGCCAGAUGAAGAAGAUGAUGAAGAAGAAUUUUGGGGCUUUGAGGAUCUAGAAUGCGAGUGCAAUAGUCCUUUCUCAACAUCCCCUCAGGAUUCGAUCUCAACGGCGAGCUCUUAGAGCCGGAAAAUUAAGAUAGUAAAUUUGACAACCUAACCCUGCUUUCCUGGACCUGUAUAUAUAUAUACAGUACAUACAUGAACGAGGAUAAAGGAUAAAGAAGAUUGAAUUAUCAUA